AUGGGAAAAUUAUCAAACCUGGAGUUCAAACUGGUUCACUUGGUGAUCCAGUUGCCAUCAAAACCAUUUUUGGCUGGUCCAUACUUGUUCCAGUAUCAUCUCAAUCACAACAAUCACCAAGCAGAUCUCACCAUAUCAUCUCUAACGAUCAACUUCAUGAUUCAAUCAUCAAGUUUUGGCAACUUGGAAGAAGUUCCAUCACAUCUCAACGAGUCUCUCACGGUAGAAGAAGCUGAAUGUGAGUCUCACUUUCAAUCAACUCACUCUCGCGAUCACACUGGUAGGUAUACCGUGCGAUUACCAUUCAAAUCAUCAUCUCAACAGCUUGGACACUCAAUGCACAUUGCCACCAAGUGUCUAAAUCGACUAAUAAAAAACAUCUCACAAAAGCCUGAGUUUAAUCAUAUCUACAUGGACUUUCUCACGGAGUAUGAGGCCAUGGGCCACAUGCAAAAGGUCCCAGAUUCAUAUCAAUCAUCUCACAUCACCUACUAUCUACUUCAUCACGGUGUAAUUCGUAAAGAAAGCACAACAACGAAGCUGAGAGUCGCUUUCAAUGUCUCCAGUACUACAACCUUAGGCAUCUCACUAAAUGACACACUUCACACGGGUCCGAAACUGCAGUCUGACAUCUUUGAUGUCUCACUGUACGUCAGAAGACACCAAUUCAUUUUCACCACGGACAUCACAAAAAUGUUUCGUCUAAUCAAUGUACACCCAGAUGAUUGGGACUAUCAACGGAUCCUCUGGGUAGAUGAUGACAAUCAACCUCAAUCAUAUCAUCUCACCAACGUUACAUAUGGCACGCGUCCAGCACCAUAUCUAGCUGGCCGUGUUCUCAAACAGCUGAUCAUCGAUGAAGGAGAUAAGUAUCCACUAGCGGUUGAACCUUUUGAAAAGGGCAGUAACUUGGAUGAUAUCUGUGGAGGCGCUGAUAACGUAAAUCAUCUCAACAACAUCACAUCUCAAGUGGAAGCAAUGUGUCUUGCUGGUUGUUUUCCACUAGCCAAUUGGAAAAGCAACCAUUCUCAGUUCAGCAAAUUGUCAUCAUCUAACAUCUCAAAUUCCCACGAGUUCAAUGGAUCUACAUCCAAAAUUCUUGGACUUUCCUGGAAGUGUUAA